GCAGAGGGCGGACGAGGAGAGACCGCAGCACGCCCGCGCCAUGGGUCCGGUGGUGGAGCGGCCGGCCGAGCCCGGCACGAGCAGCGCCGCCGAGCUGGAGCUGCUGAAACGGCGAGCGGCCGAGCGCAUCGACGAGGCGGCCGAGCGCCUGGGCGCGCUGAGCCGCGCCAUCUGGAGCGCGCCCGAGCUGGCCUACGAAGAGCACCGCGCGCACGGCGAGCUCACGCGCUUCUUCGAGUGCGAGCCGCCGGCCGCCUCGUGGGCGGUGCAGCCGCACUUCGGGCUCCCCACCGCCUUCCGUGCCGAGUGGGCGCCGCCGGAGUCCGCGGCGGGGCCCCGCGCGCUGCAGGUGGCCUUCCUGUGCGAGUACGACGCGCUGCCAGCCCUGGGCCACGCCUGCGGCCACAACCUCAUCGCCGAGGUCGGGGUGGCUGCGGCGCUCGGCCUGCGGGCUGCGCUGGAGAGCAUCGCUGCGCCGCCGCCGGUCAAGGUGAUUGUCCUGGGAACCCCUGCAGAAGAAGAUGGUGGUGGCAAAAUUGAUCUAAUUGAAGCAGGUGCCUUCGAAAACCUUGAUGUUGUUUUUAUGGCUCAUCCCUCUCAGGAGAACGCUGCCUAUCUCCCGGAUGUGGCCGAGCACGAAAAUGGAAGACAGAGCCUUCCACAUGGUAAACAGACACUCCCUGGGAACUACAUUCUCGUUCCCACAUCCCUAUGCUUUCGCUACAGAUGCUUUUCAAAUACACAGUCCAACAUGGGGGCUGACAGAUGGCUCUGUAGUGUGACUGUGAAGUACUACGGAAAAGCGUCUCACGCUGCCGCUUACCCUUGGGAGGGUGUGAACGCCUUGGACGCUGCAGUUCUUGCCUAUACCAACCUCUCUGUGUUAAGACAGCAGAUGAAACCAACCUGGAGAGUUCAUGGUAUAAUAAAAAACGGUGGUGUGAAGCCCAAUAUCAUCCCCUCUUACUCUGAACUCGUCUAUUACUUCCGUGCGCCCUCCAUGAAGGAGCUUCAAGUUCUGACCAAAAAGGCAGAAGAUUGCUUCAGAGCUGCGGCUUUGGCUACGGGCUGCACAGUAGACAUUGAAAGUGAAGCACAUGAUUAUUACAAUGUCAUUCCCAAUAAGACCCUGUGCAGUGCGUAUACGGAGAACGGGAAGAAACUGGGAAUGGAGUUCAUUUCAGAAGAUGCGGUACUGAAUGGCCCUUCAGGCUCUACUGAUUUUGGAAAUGUCAGUUUCGUGGUUCCUGGGAUUCACCCGUAUUUUUACAUUGGGACUGAUGCCUUGAAUCACACGGAGCAGUACACAGAAGCUGCAGGAUCACAAGCGGCUCAGCUGUACACGCUGCGUACAGCCAAGGCUCUGGCAAUGACCGCACUGGACGUCAUCUUUAAGCCUGCAUUGCUCGAAGGAGUCAGGAAGGAGUUUAAAUGUAAACUUCAAGAAGAGCAGCUUUUAAAUACAGCAGCAUAGAAGGAAACCCUAGGGACUGGUCAGGAAAUGUUACGUUUUGUUUGUUUUUUACCUCUCAUGUUUUUCAGUGAAAGAGAGCAUGCUUGUUUUUCAGUCCUGGUAAGUGAGGACAGAUAUAGGGAAGAAGACACGAAUGCACGUCUAGAUUUAGUGGAGUUUGUGAUACUGCAGGCGUUGGUGCGUAACGCCAUCUAUUACGCCAGAUGAUACCUGAUCCUGUAACAUUCGGUAAUGUUUUGUAAGUGUAUCUGCUGUAUGGUGUUACAAGUCCCACGGGUUUCAGAAGGUGACACUCAUGAACUCUGUGGUUCAGAGUAGGGAAUGUCUUCUCGGCAGUUUAAAUCGAGGGGGAGACUUGUUUUAAGUCUAACUGUAUCUGUUUGGGUCUAAAGAAAAACUUGAAAUAAACAUAUGCUUGUGGGACACUCCUAGAAUCCCCAGUACAAAGAAUUAGCUCUACUUUUAACACUUAGAGAAGGGGCGAGGAGGAGUGGAGGGAAUGGUGGAAGAGGGAGAGGGAGAGAGAGAGAGAGAGAGAGAGAGAUCUUUACUUACAUGUAAUUACUCCAAGAAGUGGCAUAGGAACAGUGGGUAGUAACAGGAAAAAUGGCAGAAAGGCACAGUUGAGCCUUUCUAGCAGGGUAGGGUGUUGUGUGUUGUGUUACAGGAGUUGGCCGGAGUACAGACUAGGUGUGCUCUGUUCUCCAGUGUCCCACACGGUCCCCAGUCCCUAGCAGCCUCAGAAGAGCCCCAAAGCCCUGUGCUGGCCCAGUAGUAAUGUGAACCCAUGGCCUUGGAAAGGAGGCUCCGUAGCUCCUAAUGAGACUUAGUUAAGCUUCCUGCAGUUUCUCUGGACUUUCUUUUGUGCCUUGUCUGCUCGCUCCCUGGUUUGUGUCACCACAGCAUUUGUAGAGCCACAGGAGGGAGUUGUUUUUACAAGGAAGCCAGGAUUCGAGCUGGAAAUCUGAAACAUUUCAGUGGUUGUCAGUAAAAUCACUGUCAGUAAUGCCCUGGAAAGGAGCGAGUCACAUAAAAUCAGCAGUUCUUCAUGGUCCUCACUGUAGCACAAGUUUCUUUGGUUUUGGUGGGGCUGAGUUUGAGACAGGUUUUCCCUUCUGCCCGCCUCCUCCCCACUCUCUUCCCUCUGCUGCUGCCUCUCAGAUGCUGUGAUUAUAGGCUCGAGCACAGCACACCUGCCAUCUAGUGUGAACUUGCACAUGAUUAAAGUGUGAAGAAGCCGGUAAAACCAACUCGUGGGCAUUUGAGGAGGCGGUUCAGAGUCAGAAGUGGAAGGGCACAGGGAAGUGCAUUUGCUUCUGUGGUGGAAGCAAGUCACUUUCCCUCAGUGACACCAGCUGCCACUUAGAAGGUUAGCCAUCUUUGACCCUUCUAGCCUCUGAUUUCCUGUUUGAUGUGUACUUUAGAACAGGGAGCGGGGUUGUAUUGGAGGGCUAACAUCUGAGAACUGCUCUCUGCUGUUCUCUGGCUUGACAUAGGCUGGUGUUUGCUUGAUUACUUGCCUUUGUGCAGCUAGUAUACUAAGAAUUGUUUUGCAUUUUAGAGGUUAAAAAAAAAACCCCAAAAACAAAAAACCACCAUUACCACAAAGCAUAAAGUAUUUACUGUCUGACCUGUCAGGAAAAAGAAACCUCUCAGAGCCAGUCAAUCGGGCAGUUUCUGAUUUCUGUUCUCUUGAAUUUUCUGGGGAAAGCUUCAAGUCCUGCAUUGGAAGCACUUUAGUGUAGAUAGGGGCUGCCUGACAGAGUGAUCAGGACUGUUCCACCCUCUACUUUGUCCUUCUAGACAGAAGCCUGUUUCAGCUCCCCUCACCCUGCCCCACAAGUCCUCAGCCUUGCCUCUGCACACCACCCGUUCUGUCUUUGCGUAACAUUGAGAACUCAGUCCUCCAUGACACCUUGUGUCUGGAUACUCACACCCGAGUUUAUCAUAUUAAAUACAAAUUUUGUAUAAAGAGGGAGUAUCAAUGAAAACUUGAAUCAAAAAAUAAGACAUGCCAGAGAUGUGGUUUUUUUUUAUUGAUGGACUUGGUCUCCUAAAAGGCUGUUUUAUUAGUUCCUCACAUCUUGAGGGAUAGGUUUUUUUGUUGAUUGAUUUAGUUUUGGUUUUUGCAGGGCUUGAUAUUGAGACCAGGGCUCUAGCACAGAGCUGCAUCCCCAGCUCCAGGGCAGGGCAUUGGUUGCAUUUGCUAUAAUCUUGACACCAUCCUAGAACAGCUGUUGUUAUUUAUGCAGCCCAACCUCUGAGAAUCAUGUGUAUUCCGUGUCUGGUUUCCUUUUCCUUUUUUUUUUUUUAAGUAAAAUUAAAUUUGACUGAUGUAUAAACAAUGUCGGGUUUAGGUAGGUAAGGAAGGGUGUGUUUCUUGUUGGAGGUUGCUGCUGUGAUUUUACAAUUUGCUGUCUUAUUGUCCAAUGGUUUACCAUUUUGAACCACUUACACCAUGUCCUUACAAAUGCCUUUUCCUGUCACCUGGGAGAGGUGUUACGUCAAUGCAUUCUAGAAUGAGUAAGCUACACUUAGCAGCUUAAAUGUAAUUACAAUCUGAAAUUUAUUUUCCUUUACCAGCUUAAUUCUAAGGAAGCUUGAAUAUGGGACCUGUGCAGUACAGGUGUUAAAGUUAUGUUUCCUUUUUCCUAAAUGCCUGAGACCAGCGGUGUUUCAGAUUUUAGAUUAAAAAAAUGUUUUGAAAUAUUUGCAUAUAUAUUAUGUAAUCUAUAUUUUAUACAUAUAUAUGUAUAUACAAACAGGGAGGGGGAAGAUAGAGAUGGAACCCAGCUAGAGCUAUAAAAAUCCCUUUGUGUAUCACAUGGGCCUGCCCUAUGCACACAGCUUGAAGGACGGUGUGCUCAGUGUUUUAGUGUGUCUGAGAGUUAACUGACCUGUGUGCACAGGAGGCCAGUUGUGCAGUUCUCACCUAGGUCGUGCCACUCACAGUUGGAUUUCUGGAGCAUUUUGGUCAGUCAACCUGGACUGCGAACUAGUAAGUUGCUGUGUAUUCUGUGACUGUAGCUAAUAUUUAGCUUGCCUCAAAUUUUUUGAGCUGAUAUUUAGUCUUAACAAAUUCUCCUUAUUGGAUGAACUGCACAGGAAGUUUUUCUUUUCAACCACGUCUCUCUAUGACAUAAACGUUGGGGUACUUAGGGUAAAGUAGACACUGCAUGUGUUUAUGAAGGUGCAAACAGAAAGAAGGGUGUCAAGUGCUACAGUUGCAUUGCUGUUGCUGUUUGUAAACUGUGCCGUCUCAGCGUUUGGGUGAGUAAAUGUUUGCAACCACUGGAGAAGAGUAAAGGCCCUGUGUGUGGUGCUACAUCCUCCUAGGAUUUAGUUCACACAGACUAUGCCAGGAUGGAGGGGCACCUGAAAACUGCCCUGGGAGUUUUGGAGGAAGGGCUUCUAAAAUACUUAAAAAUACGUGAAUCACUUCAGUCUGUUUAAACGGAAAAAAAUAUUUGAUACCAGGUCUUUAUAUAUAUAUAUAAAUAUAUAUAAAAGAAUAGUUGUCUCAAGAGGAAUAAAAUCUGGAGUGUAAAAAAAAUGUUAAAAAAAAAGAAUACUUGUCUCACUUUAUAAUAUUUUUUAAAGGAAAAAAGAAAACGUUUCCAAUAGCUUUUGUGUUCUGUGAGCUCUCACUUUUUACCUGAAGCAGUCUUCUGUAGCAUGUCCCACAGCAUCAGAGUAACUUGAUGGUGACUAUCAUUUUUGUGCCCAUUAUCAGGCUCCAGUCAUCUGUGAGAGGGGAUAAACUACCUUGCUACUAACUUAGGCCUUUUGUGAUCUAAUGACAUAGCUGAGGGUGGUGUGUUCGGGUAUAUAAGAGGUUAGUAUAUUCAAAAACAAUCUCUGCUAUUGUGGUUAUAAUUAUUUUUGUAGUGUUUUAAUAGAUGCACAUUAAAGUUUGUAAAAAAAAUCUAAAAUGUCUGUGUGUUUAUCUAAUAGCAGUUAUUUUUAAUGAAAUAGCUAAAAAUAGAGAUUUCAUAAAAUAAAGCAUAACCACCCAAA